UGAACCCGGCUACGUUUGUCUGUGCCACCGUCUCUUUUCUGGGUUUCAAUAAAGUUUUCCUCUUCCUCCCCUGGUACGGAGCUCAAGAUGGCGGCCUCAUGGUCGCCCUUGGUUACCCUGCGCUUAACGCAGAGCCGGCUGAGAGGGAGAUGUGUUGGGUGCAGGGCUUGGGCCGCUGCUCUCACCCCUUCGGCCAUCGCCCCUGGAAACCCUCUUUGUAAAGCCUAUUCACUUCAGCCCCCUGAGAGUAUGUCUCCAACUGCUGCUACAGAGGCUUAUUCAAAAGCUUUAGCUGUUUGCCAUGGACCACUGGACCACUAUGACUUUCUGAUCAAAGCUCGUGAGCUAAAGGAUGAUGAGCAUCAAAGAAGAGUCAUACAAUGUCUGCAGAAACUGCAUGAGGACCUUAAAGGAUACAGGAUAGAGGAAGGCCUUUUUUCUAAGCUUUUUUCAAGGAGCAAACCUCCAAGGGGCCUGUAUGUUUAUGGAGAUGUGGGUACAGGGAAAACAAUGGUGAUGGACAUGUUUUAUGCUUAUGUGGAAAUGAAGAGGAAAAAACGUGUUCAUUUUCAUGGUUUCAUGUUAGACGUUCACCAAAGGAUACACCGCCUUAAACAGAGUUUGCCAAAGAGGAAACCAGGAUUCAUGGCUAAAUCAUAUGAUCCAAUAGCUCCUAUAGCUGAAGAAAUUAGUGAAGAAGCAUGUCUCUUAUGUUUUGAUGAAUUUCAGGUCACUGACAUUGCUGAUGCCAUGAUUCUGAAACAGCUUUUUGAAAAUCUGUUCAGAAACGGGGUCGUCGUUGUGGCAACAUCCAACAGGCCACCGGAAGAUCUCUAUAAAAAUGGACUCCAAAGAGCUAAUUUUGUCCCAUUCAUAGCUGUCCUGAAGGAAUACUGUAAUACGGUCCAACUAGAUUCUGGGAUAGAUUAUCGGAAAAGGGAGCUUCCUGCUGCAGGAAAACUCUACUACCUCACAAGUGAAGCUGAUGUGGAGGCUGUCAUGGAUAAGUUGUUUGAUGAGCUGGCUCAGAAACAAAAUGAUUUAACUAGACCAAGGAUUCUAAAAGUGCAAGGCAGAGAGCUGCGGCUGAAUAAAGCCUGUGGAACCGUUGCCGACUGCACAUUUGAAGAGCUGUGUGAGAGACCACUUGGAGCCAGUGACUAUUUGGAACUGUCAAAGCAUUUUGAUACAGUAUUUUUACGAAACAUUCCACAAUUUACCCUGGCAAAGAGGACCCAAGCUCGGAGAUUCAUAACUCUCAUUGAUAACUUUUAUGAUUUCAAGGUGCGCGUAAUUUGCUCUGCAUCAGCUCCUAUAUCAAGCUUAUUUUUGUAUGAUCAUCAUGACAGUGAGUUGGAGCAAAGCAGAAUACUGAUGGAUGAUUUGGGGCUGAGCCAGGACUCAGCGGAAGGACUCGCCAUGUUUACUGGAGAAGAGGAAAUCUUUGCAUUUCAGCGCACAAUUUCCCGACUCACAGAAAUGCAGACUGAACAGUAUUGGAAUGAAGGAGAUAGAAGCAAGAAGUAACCGUCACUUUUGCGUGAAUAAAACUCUGGACAAAUGAUUACUGCAGGGAGAACUCUUUAUUAUGGGACUUGAAGGAAUCAUUUUCUCAUCAUUAAUUAUGCACUUUGUCCUCUGGACCAUUUUUAUCUAAAAUUGCUGUCAAAGAUAUAGUGGUUUAGUAAGUUAAAGCCAUUUUUAGGUCUA